AAGAUAGCGAUGACGACGAGGAGAUUGUACACGUGGAUCGAGAUCAUUUUAUGGAUGAAUUCUUUGAGCAGGUUGAAGAGAUAAGGGGGUGUAUUGAGAAGCUCUCAGAAGAUGUGGAACAAGUUAAGAAACAGCACAGUGCCAUCUUGGCGGCCCCCAACCCUGAUGAGAAGACUAAGCAGGAACUUGAGGAUCUCACAGCCGAUAUUAAGAAGACUGCAAAUAAAGUUCGCUCCAAGUUGAAAGCUAUUGAGCAGAGCAUUGAGCAGGAAGAGGGACUGAACCGCUCCUCGGCUGACCUGCGCAUCCGGAAAACACAGCAUUCCACUCUGUCGCGUAAGUUUGUGGAGGUGAUGACAGAAUACAACGCGACACAGUCUAAAUACAGGGACCGCUGCAAGGACCGUAUCCAGAGGCAACUGGAGAUCACUGGCAGAACCACCACUAAUGAGGAGCUGGAAGACAUGCUGGAGAGCGGGAAGCUGGCCAUAUUCACAGAUGACAUCAAAAUGGACUCCCAGAUGACCAAACAAGCUCUGAAUGAGAUUGAGACACGACACAAUGAGAUCAUCAAGCUGGAGACAAGUAUCCGGGAGCUGCAUGACAUGUUUGUAGACAUGGCGAUGCUCGUGGAGAGCCAGGGGGAGAUGAUAGAUCGUAUCGAGUACAACGUGGAGCACUCUGUGGACUAUGUGGAGAGAGCAGUGUCUGAUACCAAGAAAGCUGUGAAAUACCAGAGCAAAGCACGAAGGAGCGUCUCCGGUCGUGAGAAAAACUGAAAUGAGUUCUAAGGAGGGUUUACGCAGAGAGGGAGCGGCAGAGCCAGCGGCAGGUCCGAGAGGCCAGGGAGUCACUGUGAGAGUCAGCGGUAAUGAUGAAGGGGUUGGGGAAGUUUGUGUGAUAUGACUCAAAUGUAGAGCCGCAACAUGUGACAGUCAUGAGAGCAAUUUACACAGUCACAAGAUUAAUUAAAGUCGAAUCAGUCAUGUCAGGACCAAAAGAUGGAGUUGCCUACAUUUGUCUGACGUCACACAGACCUCAUGUACAAAAUGGAGGUAAAUGUGUGGGGAAGAAACACAAUGAAGGAGUUUGGAAAACAAGGUCAACCUGAAAGGAACUUGAGAUACCAAAGGUUACUUUUAGCAUUGGAAAAUGUUUUGAAGAUGAGCCAAACAUUUGUUAACUGUAGGGCCAUUCUUAGGUGGCACUGGUACCACUAGUUUCCUGUCAACAGAAGGCUUUGAGAAAAUGGCUGACUUGGUAAAGCGUGACCUCAUCAACUAAAGCAUGGUUCAGCCAUUUUAACUCACCUUUCUUCUGUCUUGAAAAAAAAAAUGGCAACCUCUCCCUGGUGAAGACAUGACAUGUUGCAACCUCCCGUUCCUCUCCUCCAUUAUCCCUUUCCCACCAGAGGGACCUGCGACACAUCCCCACUAGCAGAGAAGGGGAUUGAAAUCUCCCGCUCCCUCGUCUCCCUUACUCCCUCCCUCCCGUCUGAACAAAUUUUUUUUGAUGUUUAAAAAAGUCUCAGUUGAAAAAAAAAAUGUGAAUUGCAAAAAAAAAAAAAGUUGUUUUAAGGUUGAAAAAUAUCAAAAAAUGAAAAAAAUUCUGAAAAAAAACUGCUUGCAUGUUACAAAAAUGUGAAAAAAAUUACAGCAGAAACCGUGAAAAAAAUAGAAGAAAAAAAUCUGAAUUCUCGGUUAAAAAAAAAAGUGUUGUCGUCUUUAUUUGUUUUUGUUUGUUGUUUCUUUGUGUUUUUUUUAUUGUGCUGCUGAUAAAAAAGAAUAAGAAACAUAACGAUAAAAAACCCUCACCCUAAUGUGUUUUUGUGAAGUAAACAGUCGUGUCUCUCUGUGUGUGUAUUUUAACCUGAUGUCUUUU